GAUGUCGCUUGUCACGUGCUGCUUAUAGGCUUGUUCAAGUGUCUGGAAGUGCCGGAAGUAUCGAUCCACCGGGAGUUCGAGACAGAAGUGAAAAUCAUGAGUUUCUUGCACCACCCGAACAUCUGCAUGCUACUUGGGGCGUGCCUCGCCCGCGAGAACCGAGCUUUAGUCAUCGAGCUCGUGGAACAGGGCUCGCUCUGGGCCAUACUACGCACACGACGACGGCAACUCACAGACGAGAUGCGCGCACGGUUCGUACUGGACACGGCUCGAGGCAUGAGCUACCUGCACCAGUUCGAGCUGCCGAUCUUGCACCGAGACAUGAAGAGCCCCAACCUGCUUGUUGAGCGCGACUACUCGAUCAAGAUCUCGGACUUUGGUCUCUCGCGUGUCAAGGCGCAAAUUCAGACCAUGACUGGCAACUGCGGCACUGUCCAGUGGAUGGCACCGGAAGUGCUUGGCAACCGUAAAUACACAGAGAAGGCAGACGUGUUCUCAUUCGGCGUCGUAGUUUGGGAGAUCUUCAUGGGCCAAUGCCCGUACGACGGCAUGACGCAGAUACAGGUGGCUCUGGGUGUGCUAAACCAUGACCUGCGUCCACCGAUCCCGCGCUCGUGCCCGCGCUUCUUCGCUCGACUGAUCCGGUCUUGCUGGAUGAGGGAGCCCAGCCUGCGUCCAUCUUUCUCGGAGCUGGUGCGUACCCUCGAGCAGUACGUCACCCACUAGUAGCGACAGUAGCUAGGCAGAAGACAUGCAUCGCGCCACUGGUACGAAGAAAACGAUGAUAAAACGCC